CACGGACAGCCUGCCUCACGCAUGGCCCAAAGCGGCAGAAGGAGGCCUCCUUGGGAAGGGGUGUGUGUCUAAUAGACUGUAAUGCCAGCAAUUCCCAACACGGAAAAAGAGCCUCAGGAAGUGUAUAAAUAUCCACAUUUAAUCAUGGACACAGGAACUGGAUACAAGAUUCCAGCAGCCGUCGCACCAGUGCCAAAUACAGAGGCUUCCCUGAUUCCAAGAGCACGGUGGUCACCAGCAUCUUCUCCACGCUCUCCACCCAUCCCUGGCUUUCACAACCUCCAAACCACCGACCACUCUGCACAGCUUUCCUCUGAAGGGGUGAGUUGCCUCCCCAUCACAAGUGUUCCCUUGGCUGAUGGGAGAAAACUGACUGUCUCACCAGGGAGAAAUGCCAAGGUUUCUCUCCGCCUCACUGCUUUGAACUCCAACACCUUGAGCAUUUCGGCACCCAAUCGAGGAAUCAACCAUCUCAUGGUGGCUUUCAACAGCACCCUCUCUGACUCUCCAACAUUCAUCCUAAUGGGCAUCCCUGGCUUAGAAGCUGCCCACGUCUGGAUUGCCAUCCCGUUUGCUCUGUUCUACAUUGUCGGCCUGUUGGGGAAUUUCAUGAUUCUGUUUGUGGUAGGCAAAGAGCAGACCCUGCACACGCCAAUGUACUUGUUGAUCUGCAUGUUGGCGCUCACAGACAUCAGCAUGUCUACCUGCGUUGUGCCAAAGGUGCUGGGUAUAUUUUGGUUCAAUUUAACAGUCAUUACUGUGGAAGGCUGCCUCACUCAGACAUUCUUCCUUCACAUGCUUUCUGUUUUCUAUUCAUCCAUCCUUGUGACAAUGGCCUUUGAUCGCUAUGUUGCCAUAUGUAUGCCUCUGAGAUACGCCGCCAUCCUCACCAACGCCCGAAUAGCUAAGCUAGGGCUAGUAGGCUUGAUAAGAGCUGUUCUCUUCAUGUUUCCCCUGCCUCUACUCCUGAGCAAGCUGCCAUUCUGUACCAGUCGCAGUAUCCCCCACACGUACUGCGAGCAUAUGGCUGUGGCAAAGAUGUCAUGUGGGGACACUACAGUCAACAGGAUGUACGGCUUGGCAAUGGCUUUUGUAGUCAUGGGGUUAGACUUGACGCUUAUUAGCCUGUCCUACUGUCUGAUCCUCAGGGCUAUCCUCACUAUCUCUUCCAAGAAAGCCCACCGGAAAGCCCUCAGCACCUGCACCACCCAUGUCUGUGUAAUGUUGACGUCUUAUACUCCCUUCCUCUUCUCCAGUCUCACCCACCGGUUCGGUCAGGGCAUCGUUCCCCAUAUUCACAUCAUCUUGGCCAACCUCUAUUUCGUGUUCCCCCCAAUGCUCAACCCCAUCAUAUAUGGGGUGAAAACCAAAGAGCUUCGUGACAAAGUGGGCAAGUACAUCUGGAGAAUGUGA